UUCCCUGCGGGCGCCAUGGACCUGCAGAGGAGCUGCACGAGGUGGAGGCGCAGGAGCCGGAGCCUGGACUCCGCCGUGGCCGCGUUCAUCACUUUAACCCUGGUUCUACGCGCGUGUCCCGCCGGAGCAGCAGAACCAGUGGACGUCCUAAAAGUAUUAGAUUUUCAAAGUUCCCCUGAAGGAGUGACGAGAACAUCAGGAUUUUGCACACGCAGACGAGCGUCGACGCCGGACACAGCGUUCAGAGUGACCGGCCAGGUCCAGCUCAAAGCCCCCACCACGCAGCUAUUCCCCGGUGGCGCAUUCCCAGAAGACUUCUCGAUCCUGACCACAGUCCGGCCAAAGUCCAGCCUCCAGUCCUUCCUGCUCUCCGUCUAUAACGCUCAGGGAGUCCAACAGUUGGGGGUGGAGGUCGGGAGAGCGCCCGUGUUCCUGUACGAGGAUCAAAAUGGCCGCCCUUCACCUGAGGAUUACCCGCUGUUCAAUACACUGAACCUCGCCGACGGAAAGUGGCAUCGUGUGGCCGUCAGCGUCGACAAGAAAACUGUGACCGUCAUCGUCGACUGUAAAACCAAGAUCACCAAACCUCUGCCCCGAAGUGACCAGGGCACCAUCAGCACCGACGGAGAAACGACCUUUGGCACCAAGAACGAGGAUGAAGGCUUCGAGGGUGACAUCCAGCAGCUCCUGAUCGUGGCCGAUCCCACCGCCGCCUACGACUACUGCGAACACUACAGCCCCGACUGCGACGCCCCCAGUGGACAGAGAGUGCAAGCGCAGGAGCCUGAAGAGAGAACCAAACGUAGUGUCUCCAUGAAAAAGAAGAGGACCACAAAGUCCAUUAGUAAAACCAAAGCAAAGCCGUUUAGGUUCUUGGCUGCCAAAAAAUCACCUGCUAAAAAGUUCCCUCCUAAGAAGAAGCGCCCGAUGCCUGGCUACCAGGCCACGGCCCCGGCCCGCCCCCGAGGGAGUUUUAGGAUAAACAAUGUAGAAGGAGAUUACAAUACAGACACUGACUACGGGACGUUAGACGAGACUCAAACUCAGUCCCCCUCUGACACCAGUGGACCCCACGAGGCGGCGGAGGACGACCUGGUUGGGCGUCUCGUGACCGACGCCACGGCUCAGGAGCCCGCCGCCGUCGCCCCGGAAACGCACGGUUCGGACGCGUAUGACUUUAACGCGUACGACCUAAAGGAGUAUGACUUGGGAGAGGUUGACAGCAAAGUUUAUGAUUACACCGGUUACGACGAUUACGGCCCGGACAAAGCCACGCCCACCGCGGCCCCCGACGACCGGGUGGGGCCCGGGGUGGCGGCUGAGACGGACGUGUCGGAGAGCGCCAUCGCUGGAGUUGAAGGAGCUUUUGGACAAAAGGGAGAGAAAGGAGAACCUGCAGUGAUCGAACCUGGCAUGUUGAUCGAGGGCCCUCCUGGACCUCCUGGCCCCGCUGGUCUUCCAGGUCCCUCCGGCCUCCAGGGGCCCCCGGGCACGUCUGGAGAUCCUGGUGAAAGAGGUCCUCCAGGACGUCCUGGUCUGCCUGGAGCUGAUGGUCUGCCUGGUCCUCCUGGUACAAUGCUCAUGCUCCCAUUCCGUUUUGGCGGCGAUGGCGAGAAAGGUCCCGUGGUGUCGGCUCAAGAAGCUCAAGCUCAGGCCAUCCUCUCCCAGGCCAGGCUGGCGAUGCGGGGACCCCCGGGGCCAAUGGGUUUGACGGGAAGAUCAGGACCAGUGGGUCUUCCUGGUUCUCCUGGACUUAAAGGUGAAAGCGGAGAUCCAGGUCCUCAGGGGCCUCGUGGCAUCCAGGGGCCCUCCGGACCUCCAGGCAAAGCAGGGAAGCGGGGCCGAGCCGGAGCAGACGGAGCCCGGGGGAUGCCUGGAGAGCCGGGGUCUAAGGGCGACCGUGGCUUCGAUGGACUUCCUGGACUUCCCGGUGAGAAAGGUCACAGGGGGGAGCCUGGACCUGCAGGACCCAUCGGAGCUCCAGGAGAGGACGGGCAGAGGGGUGAAGAUGGAGAGAUCGGGCCCCGGGGCCUCGCUGGAGAGAGUGGUCCCAGGGGUCUGCUGGGGCCUCGAGGACCACCCGGACCACCCGGAGCGCCCGGAGUCGCUGGAGUCGAUGGGCCUCAUGGACCAAAAGGAAACAUGGGACCACAGGGAGAACCCGGCCCCCCAGGACAGCAAGGCAUCCCGGGCACACAGGGCCUCCCUGGGCCUCAGGGCCCCAUCGGGCCUCCUGGAGAAAAAGGACCUCAGGGCAGGUCUGGGCUGCCGGGCCUCCCUGGAGCAGACGGGCCUCCGGGUCAUCCUGGUAAAGAGGGUCCACCUGGAGAGAAGGGAGGUCAGGGUCCCCCGGGUCCUCAGGGGCCCAUCGGAUACCCCGGCCCCCGUGGAGUGAAGGGAGCUGACGGCGUCCGUGGACUGAAAGGAGGAAAAGGAGAGAAGGGAGAAGACGGUUUCCCAGGAUUCAAAGGAGACAUGGGAAUCAAAGGAGACCGGGGGGAGCUGGGUUUGCCCGGCCCACGUGGAGAGGACGGUCCUGAGGGGCCCAAAGGCCGAGCGGGGCCCAACGGAGAGUCUGGACCCCUGGGUCCUGCUGGAGAAAAGGGUAAACUGGGCGUCCCGGGGCUGCCGGGGUAUCCAGGACGACAAGGACCGAAGGGCUCCAGUGGAUUCCCGGGCUUCCCAGGAGCCAACGGAGAGAAGGGCGCGAGGGGAAUCGCCGGAAAACCUGGUCCACGAGGUCAAAGAGGUCCAACGGGUCCGCGCGGCGCCAGAGGAGCCCGAGGUCCAACGGGAAAACCAGGACCUAAGGGCACGGCGGGUAACGACGGCCCCCCUGGUCCUCCCGGAGAGAGGGGACCUCAAGGACCUCAGGGACCGGUGGGCUUCCCUGGACCAAAAGGACCUCCAGGACCUCCAGGAAAAGAUGGGCUGCCCGGACACCCAGGACAGAGAGGAGAGACGGGUUUCCAAGGAAAGACGGGUCCUCCAGGUCCCGGAGGAGUCGUGGGGCCUCAGGGGCCCACUGGAGAGACUGGUCCCGUCGGUGAGCGAGGUCACCCUGGACCCCCCGGACCCCCUGGAGAGCAGGGUCUGCCCGGAGCCGGAGGGAAAGAGGGAGCAAAGGGAGAUCCAGGACCUCAGGGAUCCCCCGGUAAAGACGGUCCUCCAGGUCUGAGAGGUUUCCCCGGAGAGCGAGGUCUACCAGGCGCCCCGGGUCCUGCUGGUCUCAAAGGUGGAGAAGGCCCCCAGGGGCCCCCUGGUCCUGUGGGCUCUCCUGGAGAGCGAGGCAGUGCUGGACAGGCCGGUCCCAUUGGUCUGUCCGGUCGUCCCGGGCCCCAGGGCCCCCCGGGCCCCGCUGGAGAGAAGGGUGCACCUGGAGAGAAAGGCCCUCAGGGGCCCGCGGGUCGAGAUGGAGUCCAGGGUCCAGUCGGUCUGCCCGGGCCGGCGGGACCCCAGGGCCCACCCGGAGAAGACGGUGAUAAGGGCGAGGUCGGCGAGCCCGGACAGAAGGGAAGCAAAGCGGACAAAGGCGAACAGGGUCCUCCUGGCCCGCCCGGUCUCCAAGGUCCCAUCGGCGCCCCCGGUCCCGCCGGAGCAGAUGGAGAGCCCGGUCCCAGGGGUCAGCAGGGCAUGUUCGGACAGAAGGGAGACGAAGGCCCCAGAGGAUUCCCCGGUCCCCCAGGUCCCAUCGGUCUGCAGGGACUUCCUGGACCUCCUGGUGAAAAAGGAGAGAACGGCGACGUCGGCCCGAUGGGUCCGCCUGGUCCUCCUGGUCCCCGAGGUCCUCAGGGGCCGAGUGGAGCUGAUGGUCCUCAGGGGCCUCCCGGUGGUGUGGGUCCGGUGGGAUCUGUGGGGGAGAAGGGUGAACAAGGCGAAGCUGGAAACCCCGGACAACCCGGAGAGCCGGGCACAGGCGGACCCAAAGGUGAGAGGGGCGAGAAGGGAGAGGCGGGGCCCCCCGGAGCCGCCGGCCCCGCUGGAGCCAAGGGACCCCCCGGAGACGACGGUCCAAAGGGAAACCCCGGCCCCGUUGGAUUCCCUGGAGACCCCGGUCCUCCUGGUGAACCUGGUGUAGCUGGCACAGACGGAGAGGCCGGUGAGAAGGGAGAGGACGGCGAGGCGGGACAACCAGGACCCCCAGGACCCUCCGGAGAAGCCGGCCCGCCUGGACCGCCUGGAAAAAGAGGACCUCCUGGAGCUGCUGGUGCAGAGGGAAGACAAGGAGAGAAGGGAGCAAAGGGUGAGGCCGGGUCAGAGGGCCCCGCAGGUAAAACUGGACCAGUCGGACCCCAGGGACCCCCCGGAAAACCAGGCCCCGAAGGUCUGAGAGGCAUCCCCGGCCCCGUCGGUGAACAAGGUCUCCCCGGAGCUCCAGGACAGGACGGCCCGCCCGGGCCCAUGGGCCCUCCCGGACUCCCUGGUCUCAAAGGCGACCCCGGCUCUAAAGGAGAAAAGGGUCAUCCAGGUCUGAUUGGUUUGAUCGGGCCGCCCGGCGAGCAGGGAGAGAAGGGAGACCGCGGUUUGCCUGGACCUCAAGGAUCCCCCGGUGGAAAAGGAGACAAUGGCAUCGCUGGUGCGUCCGGGCCCCUCGGGCCCCCUGGUCCUCCUGGUUUACCUGGUCCUCAGGGGCCAAAAGGAGCCAAAGGUUCAACGGGUCCGGCCGGUGCUAAAGGAGACACCGGAGCGAUCGGUCCUCCAGGUGCUCCUGGUCCCCCCGGUGAGGUCAUCCAGCCCCUGCCCAUCUCGUCUCCAAAGAAGACCAAACGCUCCAGCGACACGCAGGCCGACGCGGCCGGAGGUUACAUGGACUACGGCGAGGGCAUGGAGGACAUCUUCAGCUCUUUGAACCUCCUCAAACAGGACAUAGAGCGUAUGAAGUACCCCAUGGGCACCCAGAACAACCCCGCCCGGACCUGCAAAGACCUGCAGCUGUCCCAUCCCGAGUUCCCAGAUGGCGAGUACUGGAUCGAUCCAAACCAGGGCUGCUCUGGAGACUCCUUCAAAGUUUACUGUAACUUUACGGCUGGCGGUGAAACGUGCAUCUACCCAGAUAAGAAGUCCAACGGGGUCAGAAUAUCGUCAUGGCCCAAAGAAACGCCAGGGUCAUGGUUCAGUGAGUUUAAGCGCGGGAAAAUGCUGUCCUACGUGGACGUGGAGGGGAGCUCGAUAAACAUGGUCCAGAUGACCUUCCUCAGGCUCCUCACGGCUUCGGCGCGGCAGAACUUCACCUACAGCUGUCACCAGUCUGUGGCGUGGCACGACUCCGCCAGCGACAGCUACGACAAGGCUGUGCGCUUCCUGGGAGCCAACGACGAGGAAAUGUCCUACGAUAAUAACCCGUACAUCAAAGCCCUGUCAGACGGAUGUGCGACGAGGAGCGGCUAUGCAAAGACUGUGAUGGAGAUCAAUACUCCCAAAAUUGACCAGGUUCCCAUUGUGGACGUUAUGUUGACUGACUUUGGGGACCCCAACCAGAAGUUUGGGUUCGAGGUGGGGCCUGUUUGUUUCCUUGGCUAAAUUUACAUCAGAAACACACACACGUUUUAUAAAAGACACGAUGGGGCCGAGAAGAAGAAGAAGAAGAAGAAGA